UUAAGGCUGGAAGGAAAGAGGCUGCCGCUCGAGCGGGUGGAGACUGCUCUACGUUUAAAUCCCCCUGGCUGGUUUUUCACAUUUUAGACACUAAUUACGUUUUUGUUUUUCUUUGUACCGCUGGACGCUUUUUAGAUAGCUACUUUAAUGUCGCCCAUAACAGGUCUGUAAGGGCGUCGUGGUUGGGAAGUUUUUCUCGGGGGGGUGGGGGGACUGGCCAGUGAAGGGCCAUGGCAGUCGAGGCUCGGCCGGAGCUGGUCGGGAAGCGGUUCCUCUGUGUCGGCGGGGACGAGCCGCCGGAACUGGGCACCAUCGCCCGGUGGCCGUGGAGGUCCGGGGUUAUACGGGCUGUGAACCACCGUGACGGCGACCCAGUCGACCUUACGGUUUAUGUGGAAUUCGAUGACCAGGAGUGGGAGAAGAGAGAGUGGGUCAAGGUCUACGAGGAUUUCCAGCUGUUUCUGUUGGAGCACCAGCUGGUCUGGGCCAAGAGGAAGGAGGGAGCCGCAGGAGGAGCAGGAGCAGGAGGCCUGCUGCCGGGAACCAAGGCCAAGCACAUACAGUGGCCGGCUCUGGCGUUUAAGCCGGUGGUGGGCAAGAACCUGCUGUCUUCGGUAACGGCGGUGGAGUUCUUGUUGGAUCGUAAACUGGACUUUCUGUCUGAGCAUUCAGCCUGCCAACCGUACCAGGACGAGGUGGACAGUCAGAACCCUCUGUUCAGAGACAAUCCACAGCUCCAUGAAGAAGUGAAGAGCUGGCUGAAAGACCAGAAGGUGCAGGAAAUAUUUAUGCAAGGACCCUACUCACUGAAUGGCUACCGAGUGCGAGUGUACAGACAGGAUUCGGCCACCCAGUGGUUCACGGGCAUCAUCACUCACCACGACCUUUUCAGCCGAAACAUGGUUGUCAUGAACGACCAGGUGCUAGAGCCCCAGAACGUGGAUCCUUCGAUGGUCCAGAUGACCUUCCUGGAUGACGUGGUCCACUCUUUGCUGAAAGGAGAGAACAUUGGCAUCACCUCUAGGCGAAGGUCGCGGUCCAGCCAGAACAGCAACACGGCCCAUAUGGCUGGAGGCCGACCCUGCGGAACCACUGGCAACUCUCAGCAGAGUCAUUACACACGAGCUCAAGCGAACAGCCCCCGCCCAGUGAUGACAUCAUCGGGACCCAACCCUAAAAGCUCCCCCCAGCAGCAAAGUCAGUCUCAGCAAGUCCAGCUGGCGCUCAACCCGUUGCAUCACUCGCCCGGUGGGAGCGGGCGUGAGCAGCGAGAGCCGCGCGCCUCCCGCUCCUCCAGGAGGAAAGGCUCGGACAGCAGCGUCCCAGAGGAGGACAAGGAGGCGGCGGGCCGAGAGUCCAAGGCCAAAGUGAAGCAGACGAUGAACAAACGCAGGAAAGGCGAGGAAGAUGAGAAGAAGGCAGGAUUAAAGAGGCUGAAGACAGAAGUGACGUCCGACCUGUCGGACUGCAGCGACUCAGAAAACCUCCACAACAAGAGGACCACGGACUCAUCCUGCUGCUCUUCCUCCUCCUCAUCCCUGUCAUCUUCGUCCUAUUCUUCCUCCUCCUCCUCAGAGGUCAACUCUGAGAAUGAACUAAAGAUGCGCAGCAGCGAUGAGGUACAAAGUACCAUUUCCCAAGUGGAGGAGGAGGAGGAGAAGCCAGGGAUGAAGGGACCUAAAAUGAAUGACUCCUCCUCUCUCGUUGGUCACUUAUCCCCGUGGGCAGACAUGGAGGCUGCAGAGAAGCUGAAGAAGAGUGUGCUAAAGGAAUCAGUAAAAAUGAUGACAAAGGAGGAGGAAGAGCUGGUGGCAGUCACACAGAUCACUCAGUCUCCUCUUCAGCCGUCGCAGCUGAUGGUGGACAUGAGCCAGGGCGGACCCUUGGAGAGCAUCAAGAACGCUGUGAAAGCUCCGGGCGCCGCCGUCAUCGACAUCACGGACGACGCCCAGGCCACGGUGCACAGAGAGAGCUCGGAGGCGGUGUCGGCGCUGCUGGCGUCCCAGAAGGCCGAGUCCACGGCCCUCUCACCCUACUUGCCUCUCAACCCGUCUCCGGUGUCCUCGCCUCCCGUCCCUCCAGCCUCCUCCCCAUCAGAGGGGUGUCGCAGGACGGACGUGGAGUCGCACGCCAAGCAGCACGGCUUCAUGGGAGGCGGCGUCCCUUCAGCCAAGAGCAACAAAAUAGAGUUCGGUUCGUCGGAGGUCAUCAGGUCGGUCUCCUCCAUGAGCGACAGCCUGCCUCUGACGGAGAAGAGCGUCCCUCCUCAUCCUCAGCAGCAGCACGAGCAGCGGCAGUACACGUCCACCCCCCCCAGCACGGCCCCGCCUUUUUCCAACGAGGCAAAAAAGCUGCCCCCACACAAAACAAACACAAGUGCCCCCACAGACUUUGUCAGAUCCAAAACCAGCCCCGGUCCCAACCCCAGCUCCUCCCACUUUGAGUCCUUGAAGCAGAAAUCCCCCAGCACCCCCCAGAACCAGCACCACCCUGACCUGGCUGACCUUAAGGUCAAGCCCAGCCCCGGCCCGCUGGACGUCUCCAAACCCAGACCCAACACGUCCCCCGACAUCUCCAAGCAUAAAAUAACCAGGUACUCCGAGGCCUCCCCCCCACCGGCACGCUUACCCACUAAGGAGGAGCCGGCAGAACCUCAGCGGUCCGGUUUCAAGCCCGUGGCGAUGAGGUCGGAGGCGGGCGCCACAGGCAGCAGCACCAAGAGCCCCCUGAUCAUCGACAAGAACGAGACCUUCACAGUUUACAGGGAUCCAGCGCUGGUUCAGUCGGACGCAGAGAGCUCCUCCAAUCACGUGGCAGCCUACCUGCACCCCCACCUGCACCCCCUGCACCCCUCCUCCCCCCACUCGCCAUGCCUGACCCCCGCUUCGCACACGCAUGCGACGUCGCACCUGCUGGCGCCCCCUCACUCUUCGGCCCUACCUCACCCCCACCUCCUGGCCUCUGGAAUGCUGCCGGCCAUGCCCCCCCCGGCCACGUCGCUCCUGGGGAGCCACGCCCGACUGGAGUCUCCGGGAAGCCUGGGGCACCUGGCCCUCGCCCACCCUGCAGCCACACACCAGCAGCAGUUCUUACAGGGUCACGGCAGGACGCCGGGGCUCAGCCUUUACCCCAUCCUGUGGCAGUAUCCUAACGGAACACCAGCUUCAUACCCCCCAGGGCUCAACCUGCCUCCCACUCCUAAGUGGGUCCAUUCUGAAACUCCCGUGAGCUCUGACUCCCCCCUCAGGAGGAACACCACCAGUCCGUGGCUGCACCAGGCUGCCAGCGACAGUCUGGGUCUGCUCAACCACCUGCCAGUCCGACCCGCCAGCGCCGACGCCCACCGCCCCCCAGGGAAGAUGCCCGCGCACUCAAACCCUUCAAUGACGAAGGCCAGCCUGAGCGUUCAGAAGGAGACGUUGGCGCAGCUCAAACAGGACCAGGUGGACAGAAGUCGUACUCCAGCAGGCAAGGAUGUCCUCCAUCACCGCCUUUACCUGGAUCCUCACAGCACAAGCCGCCUGGGAAACCCACAGGAGGCCGGUCAGGGAGCGGACCGAGCCGUUAAAUACAAGGAGGAGAAUCGUCAGAUCCUGAAGGAAAGCAUCGAGGUGGCCCCCUUCACCUCUAAGAUCCAGCGCUCCAUGGAUCCCGUGAUGGACCGAGAGAGGACGAGGGAUCCGGCGUUCCCGGUCCCCGUGCGAGCUCUCACUUCCCAAAGCCCCAAGGCCAGCCUCACCCACCCCAACAUCAUCCACCAGGAGAAGAGCAACUACUUCACCACCUUGUCCAACAGCGUGGUGAACGAGCCCCCGAGACUCUACCCCUCCAAGGAGAUGGCUCCCUACUACGAGAAGGUGUCUGCGGGGAUCGUGACCAGCGUUGGAGCUGUGGUGCCCAGUCAGGGACUCCAGUCUCUGGGGAACUACAGCUCCAAAGCCUCCCUCUCCAAACCGCCCCCCCUGAUAAAGCACCAACCAGAGGGGGGAGAGGGUCUGGCAGGGAAAAUCACAGAACAACUGAGCCAGCAGGUCACGCUGGUCCAGCAGCAACAUCACGCAAGUGUCGACAGGAUGGAGCGCUGUAGCCCCGCCAUUUCUUCCUCCUCCAACCACCACCACCACCAGCAGCAGCAGCACCACCAGCUCAGGACCAUGCCGUCUCUUUACCGGGCUCCGGUCUUCCACCCCCCCACGCAGCAGGCGCUGGACUGCAAGGAAGCUGUGGAGCGGGAGAAGGAGUGGGAGAGGGAGAGAGCCGGCUUCGGUGGGCGUCUGUCUCCACCGACGCUCACACCCAUCCAACCGGUCAGCCUGGCGUUGGCUGGUACCAAAACACUGGUGGAGCAGCAGAAGCCCCCCACGCUGUUGCCUGAACUCAGGGACAUCAAGAGCCACAGGGUCGGUGCGGCGGUGACCUCCGUGGCUCCCGCCACCAGCGUAGACGUGACGGCAGACGGGUGGAGAGGCAGAACCGUGACUCAGGGAAGGGAAGCCGUGUUCUCCAGAGAGAGAGACGCGUCCAGGGGGAAGCCCCCGGCAGCAGUGGCCUCGGUCAUCGUGGGUCCAACGUCUGCCAAGUACGACAGCCUUGUUGGUGCUAACAGAUCUGGUGCUAUUAUUCACAAGGAGCCCCCCUCAGGGAGAUUCUACCCAUCCAAGCUCGAGGGGGAAUCUGCCAGGUUCGGAGAAAGUCCGAGAGAACCCGGAGCUAGAAGGGUGAUCCAGUCCAACGUGGACGACAGGUGUCAGAGCUCGUUCGUGCACGGACCUCUAAGUUCCAGCAGCCCUCUGAACAGGUCUGCUGUUUUAGUCUCAUCUGCUGUCGACCUGCAGAAUAAAACUUUAAAGUCGGCGUUUUCCUCUCGGGAUGAGGUUCCUCACCUCAAAGCGGGCGUCGGAGGCUGGCCGCUCGGCCAGUCAAGUGCAGACAAAGAAGGAGAGAACCAUGUGGCGUUUGACUCUCACGCUGGAUUUUCAGGUUUGUCUUUGCCUCAAACCAAUUCUACGGUGGCAUCCCUCCCCAGCCAAAGCCCCGCCUCGCCGUCGUACUCCGUCUCUGGCUCCUCUCAGCCGUACUCCUCCUCGUUUAUCCACUUGAAAAAGCACAAAGCAGCUCUGGCUGCAGCCCAGUCCAGAACCAGCCUCCCUAUUGCUCCUCCAUCUGUAACGACUGGAAGCCCCACCCUGUCUGAGUCAUCUGACAAGACUCCAAACCACACGUCAACGCCUCCACCCUCUUGUAGUCAGGCCUCGUCCUCCUCUGAAAGCAGUAGCAGUGGCUCUGCAGCCGGGCGCUCCACUCCGGGCAAGUCCAGCCCCGUACCCAACGGGCAGACCAUGGCUGCCGCCGGCUGCGGACAACCCAUCAACUACCACAAGCUGAAGAAAGCCUGGUUAACUCGCCACUCGGAGGAGGACAAGAACACAACCGCCACUACAAGCUCCACCACCACCAAAGCAGAGAAACUGCUCACCACUACGACCAGCAGCUGCAGCGCCACAGCCAUGUCGGACAUGAUCAGGCCCUGCACCGUCAACCUGAGUGCCUCCACCUCCAGCGAGGUGGACAUGAGCAAAGAGGGCGGCAGCAGAUUGGAGAGAGAGAGGCAGGCGGAGGAGAAGAGCGGCGGGGAGGACAGGAAGUCCAGGCGAGGACACAAACGUUCCUACGACUCCGGCUCAGAGACCGCGGGAGACGACUCGGACGGCAGUGAUAGCAAGAUGGAGGGCAGGGCUAAGCGCCAACCCAAACCCACGUACAAGAAGAAGCAGAACGACAUGGCCCGGAGGAGGGGAGACGCCGACAAGGACGACGAUGACGGGAAGCCCAACGGGAUCUUCAGGUCGGCCCGCGAGAAGACCAAACUCAAACUGGCCAGCAGCAAUGGGAUUCCCCGCUCCGUGCUGAAGGAUUGGAGGAAGGUCAAGAAGCUGAAGCAGACCGGAGAGUCCUUCCUGCAGGACGACUCCUGUUCGGAAAUCGGACCCAACCUCCAGAAGUGCCGGGAGUGCCGGGUGGUCCGCAGCAAAAAGGGGGAGGAGCCAACACACUCGCCCGUCUUCUGCCGUUUUUACUAUUUCAGACGGCUGUCCUUCAGUAAGAAUGGAGUCAUCCGGAUGGACGGCUUCUCCGCUCCGGACCAGUUUGACGAUGAGGCUCUGGCCCUGUGGGUCCCUAGUGCGAUGGAAGACGCCCACCUGGACAAAACCACCGCCAAGUACAUCCUGGGCUUCAUCGGGGAUAAGUUCUGCCAGAUGGUUGUGACCGAAAACACGGCAGCCAGCUGGGUCAAGAAGGACGCCAAGAUGGCGUGGAAGCGAGCCGUGAGGGGGGUGAGGGAGAUGUGCGACGCCUGUGAGGCGACGCUCUUCAACAUCCACUGGGUCUGUCAGAAGUGUGGCUUUGUGGUCUGCUUGGAUUGUUACAAGGCCAAGGAGAGAAAGAGUUCCAAGGAUAAAGAGCUGUACGUUUGGCUGAAGUGUGUCAAAGGUCAGCCCCACGAUCACAAGCACCUCAUGCCCACUCAGAUCAUACCUGGCACAGCGCUGACGGAGCUGGUGACCUCCAUGCACUUCCUCAGAGACAAGCACAACAUCAGGUCCUGCUGCUCCUGCACCAGCAAACAGAACGCCCUCAACAAGCUGCCCGUCACCAACGGAGUCUCACAGGUUCUGCAGAAUGUUCUGAACCACAGCAACAAGCUGGCCCUGGUCAAAGCAGAACCAGGCUCCCUGCAGAACUCAGAGCACGGAGGAAUCAAGGCCGACACCAACGGGUCGGGAGGAGGGGGCAGCAGCCCGGGCAGCGAUGCGGGGCGGGGCGCCUCCGUCACGCCGCCGGAGUCCCAGUCGCCCCUGCACUUCCUGGCUGAUCUGGCGGAGCAGAAAUCCAGGGAGGAGAAGAAGGAGAACCACCAGUCUGCGCUGCUGGGGAAAGCUCUGAAGGAGGACAAAGACGGGGACGCCCUGGAGGUGCUGCAGCAGUGUAAAACCACGUCCCUGGGGGCCGGCGGCGCCGAGCAGGGCUCCACGCUGCGAGACCUCCUCACCACCACGGCAGGGAAGCUGAAGCUGGGCUCCACAGACGCCGGCAUCGCCUUCGCGCCCGUCUACUCCACGGCCUCUCAGACCGGAAAGGGGGGGCAGGCCAUGCCCAACAUCCUGGAUGACAUCAUCGCCUCGGUGGUGGAGAACAAGAUCCCGGCCAGCCGGCAGAGCAUCACCACCAAGCUGUCAAUCAAACAGGACCAGAUCACCAUGGGGAACAACUCCUGCCCCGCCGCCGCCGUCACGGACGACGCCAAAGCGGACAGGAAGAAGCCAACGCCUCCAGCGGCGCCCACGCCAGAGGACUCGGUCAGUCAGCACCCGGGCAUCCCCCACAGCUGGUUAAGCAACAGGCGCCUGCUGUGGCUGCGGGAUCACCGCAACCAGAACAACUGGAAGCUGUUCAGAGAGUGCUGGAGGAAGGGACAGCCGGUCCUGGUGUCAGGAAUCCAUAAGAGACUGAAUGCCAGCCUGUGGAAGGCAGACUCCUUCAACCAGGAGUUUGCAGACCACCAGGGAGACCUCCUCAACUGCAAAGACCAGGUGGUGUCAAACUCUGGGAUCAAGGAGUUCUGGGAUGGAUUUGAGGAUCUCACCAAGCGGCCCAAGUCCAAGGACGGAGAGCCCUUGGUGUACCGGCUGAAGGACUGGCCGUCCGGAGAGGAGUUCAUGGCCCUCAUGCCCUCCAGGUACGACGACCUGAUGAAGAACCUGCCCCUUCCGGAGUACUCCGAUCCUGAGGGGGCCCUCAACCUGGCCUCCCACCUGCCGUCCUUCUUCGUCCGUCCGGAUCUGGGCCCGCGGCUCUGCUGUGCGUACGGUGUCGCUGCCUCUCAGGAGCAGGACUUUGGGACGGCCAACCUCCACCUGGAAGUCUCUGACGUCGUCUCGGUUCUGGUCUACGUUGGAGUAGCCAAAGGCAACGGAGUCCUGUCCAAAACCGGAGUCUUGAAGCGACUUGAAGAAGAGGAUCUGGACGAAGGCGUUCGGAAGAGACUGAAAGACUCGAGUGAAACUCCGGGAGCGCUGUGGCACAUCUACCUCAACAAGGACGUGGACAGAAUCCAGGAGUUCCUGCACAAGCUCAGCAAGGAGCAGGGAUCCGACCCGUCCCAGGACCAGGACCCGGUCCGAGAGCAGGCCUGGUACCUGAGCAGGAAGCAGCGGCAGCGGCUGCUGGAUGAGCACGGAGUCCACGGAUGGACCAUCGUCCAGUUCCUUGGAGACUCCGUCCUCGUUCCCGCGGGCGCCAUGCACCAGAUCCAGAACCUGCACAGCUGUGUUCAGGUCAUCAACGACUUUGUGUCCCCGGAGCACAUCGUCAAGUCCUUCCAUCUGACCCAGGAGCUCCGAGCCAACAAGGAGGAGGUCAACUAUGAGGACAAGCUGCAGGUGAAGAACAUCCUGUACCACUGUGUGAAGGAGGCGGUGAGCUCGCUGAAGAGGAGCGGCUCCGACAAAGACGCUGACGAUCAGACCUCAUGACCCCCGCUCAGCUUCAGCCCCGCCCUGCAGCUCCUCCUCGCACACGGCAGGCGGUCCACGCCGUCAGUCCCCCCUACAGGUGGUUGGUAGGGGGCGUGGCCUCUCCCUCCAUCAUCGGCCCAAACCGCAGACGGCUGCUUGGCAGCGUGAAGACUCCCAUCCGGUCCUGGCGGUCCGGAGCCCCGCCCCCUCACCCGUGUGGGCGGAGCAUCUUCAGCUCAGGCCGAUCACCAGCAGCAUCAGGAUCCAAACCGACAUCUGUGAUGUUAUAAUCAGUCCAAAGAGGCUGUUCUGUGUCCUCGUCCGUUCUGCUCGUGGUUCUGUUGGAUCGUUUCCCUCCCUGUGUGCAGACGUAUUUAUUUCUGUGAUGAGGAAGACGAGUAUUCAUGUAAAUGUGAGCUGUACAGUCCUUUGUGUUGUUACUGUGAUGAAGAACACACACACACACACACACACACACACAGGAAAUGCUGGCGCUGCAGCCCCCCCCCACAAAGCCCGUUUCUGCAGCAGAACUGCCAAACAGAACCCACUUUGUACAUUUGUAUGUAAAGAAGAGCAGAAGCUUCUUCACAGCAAACUGUAAACUUUGCAACAUUUACAGAAAAGAUGUAAUUUAUUUAAGUAAAGAAUUGUCUUACUUUUGUUAAGAUUUACUAUUGUGAACUUUUGAAGUCAAAGGUUAAAAGUGAAUAAUGACGUGUAAAUAUAUACAUAUAUAUACAUUAACCAAGGUAUUUUUUUAAAACACGGCUUGCUUCAGUUUGAAAUUUGAAAGUGUUACAUGCUUUGUACAUUGAAGUUCUAAAAGGUUUUACAUUUUCCAUUAAAAUGGAUUUAUCAGUAA